AUUUGUCCAUAUCAAAUAUCAUAGAAGAUAUAUGUUCCUAGAUAGAUUUCAUGUUGACUAUUUCCAUUUCAUAUAUCAUAAUAGAUAAUUCUAGGAUACCGAUACAUAUAGAGAAUCUAUCUCUAUAUUAGAGAUAUAGAUAGAUUCUAUCAACACUCAAAAUUAACAUUUUUAUUUCAACUUAAAAUAAUACGGAAUGAAUUAAAAUUCGGGAUGGAAUAAAAGAUAUAAUAUUAAAAAAAAGAAUUUAGUUAUUAAAAAAUAAUAAAUAGACUUUUUUUUGAAAUCCACGUCAUAAACUUUGAGUAGUGCUACGCUUCUGGCAAAGGGUCACAUAAUGGUAGGCCCUCCCUAUUAGAGGACAUAUAAUGCAAUGGCUACCGCAGAUCAUUAGACAUUGGCUUACACCUCCAAACAAAUAAACUUUAAAUCCAAAAUAAAAAUCAUUUAUAUCAUGGGAAUACAAUUAUACAAAACUUAUAACCCGAGCGAAACCGUAAACAGCCCAAAAUUUGCUCGAAGAAAAAAUUUGCUCUCUGGAAAGCAUCAUUGUGGUAAAGGUCGUAAUGCUAGAGGAAUCAUUACAGCAAGGCAUAGGGGGGGGGGUCAUAAGCGCCUAUACCGUAAAAUAGACUUUCGACGGAAUGAAAAAGACCUAUAUGGUAGAAUCAUAACCAUAGAAUAUGACCCUAAUAGAAAUGCAAACAUUUGUCUAAUACAUUAUAAGACUGGUGAGAAGAAGUAUAUUUUACAUCCGAGAGGGGCUCAAAUUGGAGAUACCAUUGUUUCUGGUACAAAUGUUUCAAUCAAAAUUGGAAAUGCCCUACCUUUGACCGAAAUCCCCUUAGGCACGACUAUACAUAACCUAG